AUGUUUUAUGCUCGACUAGAUUCAACUCGACUGCGCAUGGCGCUUCUAUGGGAUGUUGGCGUUGACAUAAUGUCAACAAUUAAGGUACUUCCGCAGUAA